AUGCCUCCCGGGGAACUUAUAUUUUCUAACCUAAGGUCAGGAUCAAGGCCUGUUCCAAGGGACAGGGAUGCCCUGUCAUCAGUGCAAAGCGAUGCCAUCAGCACCAAAUCUUCUGCAAGGUAUAACUUUCAAGGUACCGGUUCAUCUGAUGCAACUUCUGGUACGAAUGUUACAAUUAGAAAUAAUACUUUGAGUAUCGGCGUCAGCUCUCAAAUGCAAGGAUCUGCGUUCAACGGCCCUCGGAUGCAGUUAUCGACCAAUGGUUUGAAAAAUACUCAAUCUAAAGCCCUGCAGGCGCAAUCACAAGAUGGUUGUCAGGAUAGUAAGAAUAUUGCGGAUAAUGAUAGUGACGCAGAAGCGAGAACAGCUAAAAGAUCCCUCGAGUUGGAACUUGCUUUUCAUGAAGCAAGGUUUUCGAAUGAACAAGUUAUGGUUGACAUAUCAUCCAUUAAGGGUGCCAAAGAAGGUGAUCUGGCUGAACUAAAAACUUACAGAACUUCUCCCGGAUCCAAAGAUAAAAAGUUAUAUUUCAUAGUGAAAGAUUUUGAUACAGAAACAAGAAGGAGAUUGAAGAGUUUCCAAAUUUCAGUUUUAUCUGGGCAACUACAACAAGUUUUGGACCUACCAAUACGAUCUAAAGUGUGGGUAAAGUUAAAAGAGAAGAAGCAGCUUGCUGUUGAUUUGGUGGAGCUUCAUGUUAAAGAUAGUUACGUUAACAGAGGCGAUAUGUGGAAAUUUUCUACUCAGCUCCAUGAUUCGUGUGUCUUUUUAGGGCAACGAGUUGGUUUGAUUGAAACGGUAAGGGCAACGGUUAAAGGGAUAUACAUAAAUGGAAAGAAGAUAUUUUCUGGGUAUAUCGAUGAAAAUACUAAAAUCGUGUUCCGAUCUGAAUCAGCAAAACUACUGUUCAUGAUUCAAAUAACAGACGAGAUGUGGCAUUUUGAGGAGAAUGGAGAGGAGACUUUCCAUAAAGUGGUUAACUCUCUUUUUCCAAAAAUAUUCCGAAAGUGGAAAAAUAUAGGCACACAUCAUUCCAUUUCCAUAAUGUUUUGUGCUUCAAUUGACAGAUCGGAUUCAUCAUUCAAUGAUGUCACAUCCGGAGAGAGGCUCAAGAACACUGACGAUUAUUAUCGAGCAGUUGUUGACCAGGUUAAUAUAGUACACUGGGUUGAAAUCAUGAAAACACUUAGGAAAGAGUUUAUAAGAAUUGCACAGGAUCUCAGAAAUGUCAAGCUAAAUGAAAACGUUAGUGUGAUAAAAGGGUCUCUUCCUUCUGUCAUAAAGUCUAAUUUGUUGGAGACAAUUAAUCUGGCAACUACUUUGGUGACCGAUCCCUUCAAACAAAAUGAUCUACGGCACACGACUACACAUGCCAUCAUCGUUACUGCUGGUUCAGGUUUAUACGAUGUUGACUAUGAUCUACUAAAAAUUACCACUCAAAAAUUAAUGUCUCUAGAGAUUACAAUGGACCUCAUUUGUCUAUCACGUCCACCGCUUCAUAUAGUUCCGUUGUUACGUUAUAGAGACUACAAAGACCAAUUACAUUAUUGCACGCCAACCUGGUUAAGUAUAUCCUUCUGGAAUGAUUCUUCCAGAGCUAAUGUUGAAUGGCGACCCAGAUGUAAAAUAUACAACGUUUUAAUGAUGGGAUUAACUGAAACUGAACUAAAAGAGGAAAUUGCCUUACAAUCCAUAAAAAUAAACGACAAAUGCAACUCUGUAUCAGAUUUUAUGGAAUCUUACGAUUCUGCUGCUUUCGAAGUUCAGAGUGGCCCUUACUCAAUGCAUAUGGAUGCUGCUCUUGCUGCGGAGUUCCGCUCUUCUAAAGAGAGUAAGAAUGAUUGGAAUAGACGUACAGUAUCGAAGUCCAAGGGGAAUACUAACCACAUUGAUACUAUCACAUGGAUGAAACCAAAAUCCACUAAUGCUGUCCUUCAACCAGCUUUCAAAGAGAAGGUGUUCGCUCAGCUAUCUUCAUCUCCGAACUCUAAUUUACCACGAACUGAAUUUGAAUACAAGAACCAAAUGACGGCGACGAAUUCUUUGGCAUUAAAUACUUUAAAAAGAUUAAGUCAUGCAAAUUCCGGUGUGACACAGAAGAUAAUCUCUAAACUAUUCCCAGAUUUGGCGAUUAAAAAGAGUCAAUCGUCCCUCCGCCAAAAAGCUAAUAUACAACCUACUGAUUUGACUGGUUCUUCAUCAUCUUUGAGUGAUACAGGAUCUCAGUAUAAAAGGUCCCCAAAUCCAAAGCUUUUGCACAAGCAGAAACAAUUGUUCGAUGAUAACAAAAAAGAAGCUUCAUGCGGAACAUCUAUACUGAGUUCACAGUCUUCUGGUAACCAAAGAGUACAAGAUAAAAAUUUCUUACUAAGUGAGACUUCUCUCAAGACAUCCAAACCAAAUAACAAGCCUAAAAAUGGAAUAAAAGGUGAUAGUUGGAUUGAAAUAGAAAAUCCAUCCGUUCCUGUUGACGCAGAACUUGCUAGCUACCUCAUUCCCAACCGUUGGAAGGAUGUUUUCCCGAAAUAUGUUGCCAAGAAGUACACCAAGUGGCGGUCUUUUACAACCCCAGCAGAACUUCCGUUGACCACAAGCAUGUUCCCAACACCAUUCGAUUUUGAGCACCAAUUUUCCUUGAGAAAUCACACUGUUUCCUUGAAUAUUGAACAGGAAGGAUAUCAGCAAAGUGUGUUUGACCUAUUACAAAAUAUGAUUUACGUGAGAUUGUUGGCAGGCUUUCAAUUUUGCUUGGGAAAGAACGUAACAAGAGUAGAGAAGGCCAGAGAUAAAGAUACAGACGGAUCUAGGAUUACACAUUUAAUCAAUAAAGAGAAUUAUAGGGAUGUUAGCAUUUAUUUGAGAAUUGAUAACGAAAUUCACCGAAUUGUCUGUUUUGACGAGACUAUUGAUGUUCAAAAAUAUAUAAAACAUGACGAUUCUAAACUGUUGCAGAGUUUUGCAAAAUACACACCUUAUGUUAAAACAAGGUACGAGGUAGAAUAUAGAGAGUUGGAUUUGGAUCCAGUGAAAACUAGAAGGGAAAGCUAUAAUUGGAAUCAGAUUGAUCAAGUCCUAGCAGGUUUUAAUGAUACUAUCAUGGAUCCAGCUACGCAGAAACGAUUCAGAUGCAAAUUCGUUAUUCUUCCGGCGGAGAUCCCACCCAACACAUUUCAAUCAACAAUUAAUGGCAGGAAAGAGACUUUGACUGCAGAAGAAAUCAGGUUAGAAGGUUUAAGGAAGAUCAUUUCUUCCAUUUCGAGAUCCAGAUUGAGAACUGAACAUGAGAAAAAAGACAAAAGGUCACAUAAGGAAGAAAUUCUGCCCGAAGUACUUUUCUAUACUGGCUACCUCUUUGACUUCAUAGAAGAACACAAUGAUUUUCUAAAGAAUUCGGGAGCUGCUGUUAAGAAUUCAAUUUUCAUGGAAGAUGCUGAAACUUUGUCUAAAGAUGCUGAUCUAACGAAAAUAGCUUACGAACUCCAACAUGGUGUAUAUCAAAUCAAAUUAGUCAACAGAAAAUGGCAUUGGAAACGGCAUGAAAACUGUUUCAUCGGACUUGAAUUGGUAAACUGGUUGAUAGAACAUUUCUCCGACGUUCAUACGAGGGAAGAUGCUGUGGUGUAUGGACAAGAAUUAAUGAAUAAAGGUCUUUUCCAUCACGUUGAGAGUAGGCACGGUUUUCUAGAUGGGCAUUAUUUUUAUCAGUUAAAUCCCGAAUUUACCACAGAAAACAAAACUCUUUAUAAGACUUCCACAAAGCAUAGCAAUGAAAGUCAUUUGAUGAGAAAGAUUUCGACAAGUAAUAAAUCCGAGUCUGCAAAAUCUAUAGACCCCACGAUUUCUGUUGAGAGUAAUCAACAAUCAGAAGACCAAAUAACCAAACCUGAAGAACAUAGUAUUACCGUGUUACUAAGUAAUGCAGUCACUGUGGAUUUGGAUCCAAGUAGAAAGUCGUAUAAACUUGAAACCUGCAUAGCUCAUUAUGACAGAGUGCAUAAUCCAGAUCAUUGCUUCCACAUCCGUUUGGAAUGGUUAACAGCCACUCCAAAGCUAAUUGACGACUUGAUUAGCAACUGGUCAAGGUUGGCAGAAAGAUAUGGGUUGAAACUAGUUGAAAUUCCGUGGGAUGAACUUUGUAACAUACCGAAAAUCAACCCCUUCCAUUCGUUUAUGAACAUCAAGCUGGCUAUAAACCCAUGGCAAGAUUUGGAAUUCAAAGACGAGACUAUUUUCCGUGAACAAAAAUUUUUCUACCACAUCUAUCUCUUGGAAAAGUCAGGUUUCCUUCUUGACAACAGAGCUUCGAAAUUCUUCCAAUCGGAGAAAACAAACAGCUAUCAAAUCAUAUAUUCGUGGGGGAAGCCGAUGUUCAAAUAUGCACAAUAUAUCCAUUAUACUGGAUCAUGUAUGGCUGAAAUUAGAGAAAGUGGAGAUUUCUUUUUGGCUCCGAACAACCUUCACAUUUCUAGAAUGAACACUGGUAAUAUAGGUAGUAAGGCAUCAUCGCAUCUUAAAUUCACUUCAGAUGCCCAAAAGAUCAUGUUGAAUUUUAGGAAAACCUGUGAAAAUUACGAAUCGCUAAGAGAUAUCUUCUUAGAGGCUAAAGAAAAGCAUAUCGAUAAUAGGGUUGAUUUGGACGAGUAUACUUCGUUCCAGUCAUUUAAUCUAUAUACGUAG